AUGCCAUCCAGAAAAACUGUCAAACUGAUCCUUUAUGAAGUCCUGGAGUUCACGGCCCUCGUUGCCCCGGUGUUCGUGGUGUUUGAGAGGUUUGCCAGUCUGCUCCGGGACAUUGCCAACCGGGACUGGACCACGUACUGGCUCAUCGUCUCCGUGUCCAUGGCUUAUGUGACCACAGUGACCCUGCUAGUGUGGGCGCCGCUCAAGUACUUGGAGCUGAAGAGAAGCGUCACUGUGGAGAUCACACAAUGGAGACCCACAGUCCUGCUUUUCCUGGUCCUGUCCACGGCUCCGUGUUUUGGGAUUCUCAUCGCCAGCGCAGAGGCAGAAGAAGAGGAGUUUGUGUCAGAGGAGGGAGAGGAGCAGGCCAAGGAGGGAGAGGAGCAGGCCAAGGAGGGAGAGGAGCAGGCCAAGGAGGGAGAGGAGCAGGCCAAGGAGGGAGAGGAGCAGGCCAAGGAGGGAGAGGAGCAGGCCAAGGAGGGAGAGGAGCAGGUGAAGGAGGGAGAGGAGCAGGCCAAGGAGGGAGAGGAGCAGGCCAAGGAGGGGAGAGGAGCAGGCCAAGGAGGGAGAGGAGCAGGCAAGGAGGGAGAGGAGCAGGUGAAGGAGGAGAGGAGCAGGCCAAGGAGGGAGAGAGCAGGUGAAGGAGGGAGAGGAGCAGGUGAAGGAGGGAGAGGAGCAGGCCAAGGAGGGAGAGGAGCAGGUGAAGGAGGAGAGGAGCAGGAGGAGGGAGAGGAGCAGGUGAAGGAGGGAGAGGAGCAGGCCAAGGAGGGAGAGGAGCAGGUGAAGGAGGAGAGGAGCAGGCCAGGAGGAGAGGACAGCAGGGAGAAGGAGAGGAGCAGAGAGGUGAAGGAGGGAGAGGAGCAGGUGAAGGAGGGAGAGGAGCAGGCCAAGGAGGGAGAGGAGCAGGUGAAGGAGGGAGAGGAGCAGGUGAAGGAGGGAGAGGAGCAGGCCAAGGAGGGAGAGGAGCAGGUGAAGGAGGGAGAGGAGCAGGCCAAGGAGGGAGAGGAGCAGGCCAAGGAGGGAGAGGAGCAGAUGCAGUUCUGUAUUGACUUUCCCUUUGUUCUGAUCGAUCUGAAGGUGCAAAUGAAGAACGGGUUCAGGCUGGACCACUUCACAGAGCUGCCUGUCUCUCUGGUGCUGUUUUCUGGGAUUUUUGUCGACAUUGUGGAGAAACUCAGACCACACCGUCUUUUGGGGCCAACUGGGGAUUUGGACUCUGACAUGACGAUCAUAUCCAGUCCUGUUCUCACGCACCUGGAGUCUAUCACCAGCGUAUCGGGACAAAUGUCAUCGAAGCCCAAUCAAACCGAAGACCCCGUUCCCAACGGGGUUACCCGCACUGCCCCCGACAUCAGAAAUGGCGCCCGCUCUGGCAGACACCAAGACAUCACCCCGACUCGGCCAACUUACCCCCGGAGAACUGCCCCCAGCGCCCCCUACCUGUACUCUACCAGACCACGCGCUUAUUCUGGCCCUUUGAAGAUCCUUUGGAGGAGGGAUCCCAGGGCGGAGAUAUUUGUGGAUAGCUUCAUGUUUUGGUUGGAUACAGUUGAGAUGGUUGGCUAUUACCCCGAAUAA